AUGAGCAAAGACAUUCAGGAAGCGCCGCUGCGCAAUGCCGCCGACGACAUUGUUCACUAUUUAUCGGAAGUCCACGACCAUAUGUAUCAUCUCAGUAUGUACGUCAAAGCGCAAGAAGAAAACAAGGCGCCACUAUACCAAUGGGAGAGGCACCUUGGUUACCCAGCUCUCAGUGCUGCUGUCUCCAAGCUCGAGAAAGCGAUUGCCAAAUUUAGACCUACACGACUGCUCCCAGAGUACCUCUCCGUGCGCGUAGCCCGAGCCACGGACUUUUCAACUGGCGUGAGUGGGGCCGCAGUAGAUGUUCUUGCUAUUGUCAACAAGAAGACUGCCGACUACAUGGACGAAAUGGAGACCUCGACUUUGAGUGAAGAGACGAAAGCUCAAGCAAACUCGCUCAUAACCGAGGAGGUCCAAAAGCUCAUGGAACAUUCGACUAGAGCCGCAGAGCAGGUGUGGCGCGCAACAGACAUGCUACGAGAGGGCAAGGAGGGUCCCACUUUGGCUAAAGAUUGGGCAUGGUCAGCAGCAGCUACCUUCAUGACCGCCUGUAUUGCUGCAGCCGUGGCGGUCUUUGUCGCUCAUAUCUAUGGUCCUUCAGGCCUUGCCCUUGUCACUGGCGGCCACAACAACGACAUGUACCACCAGGUACUGGAUCUCGUCGAGCGUACAAAAGCUGUCACAAACCUUACCGGCGAGAUCCACAGCAUUAAGCUUCAGGAAGUUGACCAGCGAUACAACAACCUUGCCGCCCUCUCCGAAUCUCAUGGCCUGCGUAUCGACAAUAUUGUCGACGCCCUUGGCCCACCCAACGCGCAAGGAACCUACUAUCCUUCAACGUCGAAACCUGCAGACACUGUUUGCGAGGCGCGUAUCCAGAAGAUGUCACAGGAUCUGUCCCUCCAGCUUAAGCGACAAAAGGAGGAUAUGGAGAUGAUGCGCAAGGACAUGCACCGCAUGGACAUUCGACUGACGAGCGGGAUUGAGAAGGCGAAGAAGAACUAG